AUGUCUGCUCGAAUAAAUCCUCAUCGCCCCUCCAUUCACUUCUCCCCCUCCCACUCCCGCCAAAACUCCUCCACCUCCGACAGAAUCGGCGCCAUCUAUCAACAACUCGACCCUCUCCUCAGCAACCUCUCUCCCGAAUCCACCCUUCAAGCUCUCACAUCCACCGACGCAGUCCCUUCCAACGAAAAAGCCGCCCAUGAUAUUCUCUCACAGAGCAUCUCCCAGGUAUCGCCGGCGGAACGCGCGCUUGGGAUUCGCGCCGCGGUAGCGGCCCAAAACCUGGACCUAUGGCACAAGGAGGUUCAAACAUGGGCCUGGGCCAGCGUGAAUGAUGCGAAAGUCGGAAAGGGCUUCAUUCCUCCUCCAUCAAGCUCAGGUGGCAGUCCCUUGAACUCCAGUCCCCUUUCACCCCCUGGCUCGGACAACAGUUACUAUGGUAGCUUACCAGCAAGCGUGGUGGAGCGAAACGAGAAAAGGAUAGAGGAGAUCCGCGACGGAAUGGACGAUCUUCGCGUGGAAGAAUUGAAGGAACACGUUUUGAAUGCCCACAUUCCAUCCAGGUCUCGGCCCUCCUCCGCCACAAGCUCGGUUUCGGUGCCACCCCCUCUGAGUUAUGUGCAAUUGAGCGACUUCACGGCGGUGAUUACCGCGACAAUUCUGCGCGCUCUUCCUCACUUGUCGCGUCUGAACGCGUUACUCAUCACUUGGGAUGUUCGCCUUUUGGUCUUGCGUCAAAUCCCUGGUUUGCUCAGAGAGCUCUCCAUCACACGCUCCGCAAUCAACGCCUGCCUUCGCGCGUUACGCGAUCCACAACCGGACCUCGAGCGAUACUCCGACGAGUCUCUUGCCGCUGAUCAUCUUAAGUUGGAAUCUGCUGUGGUGACUGUGGGUAGGCGCAUGGAUCGUAUUUUGGACGCGUUAGAAGGUCGCCCCGACUCAUUGCCCGAGCAAUGGAUCGACGAUUUGGAAUCUAUAGAGUCCGACUUCGCUGCUUGGGUUGUCGAAGCUGAAAAGUAUAAGGUCCACAGCGCGUGGCUGCGGUCCAAGCCGGAGUCUCAGGCUGAAACACCUGGAGCAGCUCCGGUCCAACCGCAGACCUUACUUGAGAAAUCAGAUGACGAUCACUCGUUGGUCCCAGUACCCACCCCCGCAAAAGAUGAAACGUCUCGUCAAGAGCUCGGUCUUCAAGUUGGACUUGCCGAGUCCUCUGAUAAUUCACACGUUGACCAUUCAAGCAUUCCUCGCGUGGAGAACCAACCAUUGCCUGAUGGGACAGCCCAUCGGCACCUCGAAAUCUCAACUUCCUCAACCGAUCCCCACAUUGCAGAACGGCGUGACCGUGCGACACCUGUCUUGCUUGCCGAGGAGUCGGAAACACCUACUCAAUCAGACUUCCCGCCCAGCACCUCCGCUGUCAGUGGGAAAGGUUCAAACCUCGCCUCUUGCACGCUUCAUUCUGACUCGGAUUCCAAGGAGAAUACUCCCCCGCUGGGAUUCCAUCAGACAGAUGGAUCUGAUUCUCCGAGCACAAAUACACCCACAACGCCAAAUGCACUAUACGAGAAUGUACCAAUAGUUACGGAUCGCCCGGCUGAUCAUUUGGCCUCCCAUAAAGAAGCUCCUGAACCUCGUGUCAUUAUUGCCGGAGAUGUGCCCCCCGCGCAGCUCAGUUUUGAUAUCCCACAGGCAAUUUCCGAUGUGCCAACAGAUACUCAGACCUCACCUCAACCUACGCCGCAGUCCCAGUCGGUCGAUUCUACCCCCGAGCCCACGGGGCAGAGUACUGCUCAAACCCCCGAGGUCGAACAUCAUUCCGGUCCCAAUGAUGAGGUCGAUACUCCUGCGCCACAAAACGUGUCUCCCCUGUGCACCCCGAGGACAUUGGAUAGUCAAGUGCCCAGGACGAGGCCAUCUAUCCGGGGGUCCCAAAUUCCUCUGGCUUCCCCCAGGGCUGGGUCCAACCACACACCUAUCAAGCCCAUGUCUCAACACCAACACGAUGCGCAGCCUGACCAUGUCCAGAAAACUGUGCGGAAGCCGCUGCAAAGCCCUAUCAAGCUCUCUGACUCGCGUUCCACAAAGCCGGGUCUCGACAAGAAUGCGCCUUCGACUCACAAAAUUUCCCACCGUCGUCGUACAUCCACGGGAUCUGUUGGCUCCUUAAUCUCAGACAACUCGUCUCUCAUCUCGAGCCCUGAUGCCCCUGAACCACGGAAGGUGUCUUUGCAUGAGACUGAAGGACGCGCAUUGGCCCGCUCCAAGCCCAUUGGCUCUCCCUCGCGUGGAAUUCACCCCCUCAGAGAAGACCGCCUGCGCCGGUUUGAGAACCAAAAGCCCAACCCUAGCACGGCGUUCCCACAAAACCGCGCCGUCAGUCUCCCCUUGGAACGAUUCAUCAAUGAGAGACUAGAGUUGGGCCUUGCCAGGGAGCCAGAACCUGGCGUGAAGUCUGCUCUCGACCGUCCCAUCACCUCUUCCGACUUCCCCAAGCCUCCCAAGUCACGGACAUCCUCUCCUGUGCCAAGUGUUACAAAGCCAAUCUCGUAUGUGCCCCGUCUCUCAGCCCGUCGUCACACACUUUCCAGAGGAAAGUCUUCAUCUGGCCUGAAUAUUCAACACGAGGCGGCGAGGGUCACAGAGAGCCACAGAAAUGCGUUUGCGCAGAACACCGCCAGGCGGGCCUUGGAGCACCAGGCGGAGCCUAAGUCGCUCCGCCUCCGCAAGCAAUUGACGGCCCAUCCCAGUCUUGAAAGCCUCGGAGUCAAACGACAAGAGUUGUCAUACGUGGAAGAGCAUGCAUCUGAAUUGACUGAUUUCGGGUCUCGUGCCUCUUCUCCGGCCAGGCAUCACAGGCAACCACGAGACCACCUCGACGAAAAGAUCAGUUCUAUCCUUGACUCUCUACCGGGUCGUAUUCAUUUGGUCGAUUCUCAGCACGAGGGAGACACAUCCUCUUCCUCGUCCUCUGUGGAUCGCCGAGUUCGUCAUCGAUCGGAAUCUCCUUGUGGUCCCACAGCUCGCAGCACGACACCGGCACCUUCCCUCAUGCUGAUGCCUGCCGGCCGCAGAAGGUAUUCGCAUGCCUACAAAGCUGAAGACAGCUGUGUCAAGCUCUACCAUCUCCACUCUGGGGGCCAAUCUGCCCCCCACAAGCUCUUCGUUCGUACUGUUGGAGAGGAAGGACAGCGAGUGAUGGUUCGCGUUGGUGGUGGCUGGGCUGAUCUUGGGGAAUACCUGCGCGAAUAUGUCAUUCACCAUGGCCGUCGAAAGGUUUCUGAGACCCCUCGCGUGGAGGUUCAAGGAAUCAAGACCCGCCUCUCGCCCUCCUACAGUUCGCCGGGUACCCUCUUGACACCGGCCACCUCCGCCUAUCUUUCCUCUGGACGAGCCACACCUUCCAGGCCCCCAUCCUCCCUCAGCGCCCGUCCCGCAUCGUCUUUGACGGUUCAUAAGAAGCGCCGGGGCUCCACAGCCUCAGACGUGAUGGGCACCCGCGCAGUCACCACCGGUCACAUAAACUCCUUCACUUCACCCCCGCCACCUGUUCCCCCUCUCCCCUCCUCCACUGGCCGACGUCUCUCGGUAUCAUCAGGAUACUCAGUCGGCGACUCACACUCGCCUAAUACUACCAGCGAAAUUCGUUCCACGCCUCUUGGUCUAGCUGGACCUAGACCACGGGCUCGCUACGAGUCCAUGAGCCCAGAAGGCGAAGCUUGGGUUGAGGACGUCCUCAACAAAACCCGACGCUCCAGCUCACACCAGCCCCCACGAUUCACAUUGGGCUCGCCGCCCUAUGUCGAUUCCGAUGACCGAUCAGAAAUUGACGGUGGCGGCCACUCCCUCCCCAAAGUUCGCAGCAUUGGCGACAUCGGAUCUAUCGGUACAAGUCGACGUGUCGUGCUCAGGGGACUUGGGAACCGCCGAUCCUAA